UAACCUCUCACUACUAGUAUGUAGUAGACUAAUUGUAAUGGUAGACGAGUGAAUUAGCUAAGACGUCAAUUAGAUACCUACACAAACAACGGCAGCAUGCAUUUCCAGACCCGCAGUGCGCUAUCGCCAAACUAUCCAACUCCCAAAUCGAACGUCCGGAUUCUUACCUUGGACACCCUCGUACAAGAUGUACAAAAGUGCAUACUACAAUACUUGGAACCAUCCGAUCUCCUUCACGUUGGCAUGGCGACGCGUUCGCUCUAUAUGGCAGCGUCGGACGCAUGUGUCUGCAUCUAUGUCAUUAGCAGAGCACUGCGACGAGAGUAUACUUUAGCGGCACAGCGAGGAUUGAAGCAGGCCAUUGUGUACGACGAAAGACGGGCCGGACUUGUCACGACUUCGUAUAUGAAGGCAGAUGGGGACUGGGGAAAGCGGGUCGUAAAGCAAAUUUUAUUAGCGCAUCGAUGGAACGUACUGGAACGGGUCGUGCGUGAUGGGUGUGCAAUGUAUGAGGAGGAUUGCAAAGGAAACAAUUGGAUUCUCAGGAAUGACAAUGGGAAUGAUAUUGAGGCAACGGAGUCACUUGGAGGUCUAUCACCUACGAGCUAUCGAAGGAGACUUUGCCUGGAUAUCCAGAGAGUUGUCUUCACUAGAGGGGUGUCAAGCUUAUAUCGCGAUUGCUUCUUGGCCGGUGGUAACAAGACCAGUCAGCACGGCACUUUCGACGGUUAUACGGCAGAUACAACAAGGAAUCAGCGCGUAGCGUACAACGCACGCUUGGCGUAUACCAAAGGCACAGGAUACAUACAUAGAUAUGCGGGGGGAAAUGUGCUGAACAGAAUGGCCACUGGAGCUUCCUCUGUCUAUCCAAGCGACCUUAGAAGUGAGCAAAUAGGACCAGGGGAACAACCCUUCUCGAACGGCUCUCCAGGGAUAUUUUCUGAAGACACGCUCGACCUGUUGCACUGUGGAUUGCAUACUGCGGCACUGAAAGGGCACACUGAGUUGGUUCGGUUAAUGGUCACACAUGCGCACGAAUGGAACCGUACGCGUACGAGUGGAAUUUCUUUGGCGUGUUCUAAAGGACAGAGUGAUACGAUGAAAGUGUUGUUUGCUAUUGAAGAUCCAUCUGCUGACGAAAACAAUGCGAUGUUCGUGGCAAGUGCCUCUGGGUGCCUUGAGUGUGUAAGUGCGUUGCUUAGCAACGAGAAGACCGAUCCACAAGCUGUUAAUGGCAAGGCGCUUCAGUUCAGUAGCAGCGAAGGGCAUGUAGAUGUAGUACGAUUGCUUUUGAAGGAUGGUCGGUCCGACCCGUGUGCUAAGAAUAGUUUUGGGCUGCGAUGGGCGUCGCGGAGUGGCCACACAGAGACUGUGAGCGAGCUGAUAAGGGACAACCGCGCAGACCCCGCAGCUCAGUCCAGUGAAGCCUUGCGCUCUGCCUGUGUGUCGGGUUAUGGGGAUGUGGUGCGAUUGCUGCUGUUAGACGGGAGAGCUGAUCCACGGGCGAGGAACUGUGAGGGGUUUCUGAAGGCGGCUGAGCUGGGACAUACUGAGGUGGUCAAACACUUGCUUGACGACGGUCGCGUCGAUCCAGCCACUGAUAGAAACAAGGCAUUGAGGCUGGCUACAAAAUUCCUGCGCGACGGGCGAUGAGGCCAGCGUGCAUUUUACUGAUUCGUUUGAUAGCAGAUCAAUACAUUGGUGAUACAUCUAGUAUUUACACUCAUUUUCGUGACCAACUACCAUGCUGAAGGGGAAGGAAAAGGCAGCCUGAGCCCUGAGAUAUGAAGAUUGGCC